AUGGCAGCAGCAAUGAAACCAACUUCAGUUUGGAUUGAGCGCGGGCAUGAUGGCCGCCAUUUUUAUGUGCGGAAGAAGUCCAGUCAGCCAUCGCUGCGAAAACUGCUGACCCAAGCACUACUGCCAGGGGGCGCUCGCUCAUUCUUUUCCAGGGACUCUCGCCAAAACAAUCACGUUCAAUGUGAGAAUCCAGAUAUACCGCUCAUUAUGCCACGGCCAUCUUCAACCGGUCCCAUGCCUACACAAGGCCCUGGCCAGCCUUCCACCAAUCCUUCCUCAACUCAAAGCCAACAACUGCCACAACCGAUCGCCAUGUACCUGGUCCCUCCUUUACAAGAUGCUCCUAGACCUGCGGUAAUUGAGACGCCCAUACCAAGCCAUAUGAAACCUCAGCCACAGUUCCUUCCCUACUUUCAUCCUACGAUAUUUCCCAUGCCAGCGUGUUAUCCUGUGCCCGAUCAAGGACUUCCUUUCGUCACACCACAGCCGUUCAUGGGUCAUCACCCACCAUUUGCGGCCGCUCCUCCCGGACCAUUUCCGGACACUCUUCAGGCCUGCGAUACAAAUGUGAGAUUUGCAGCAGGUUCAGAUCUGCCCGGUAUCAUCGAAAACACCCCAUCCCUCCUGGACAAUUGCCGGGAAAGACUAUCUGCCGAAGGUGCAGAGAAGAAGAUACGGAAAGUGAAGAAGAAAGUAGUUCAGAGAGCGAUCGGCCGCGCCAUUAUAGGCGUCGGCACUCGAGAGCUCAGAGCUGGAAUCCAUUCUCUGGUCGACAUCCUAGAAACAGGAGCCGUUCACGACUGA